AUGAUGCAUCUCGGGGCUGCGGUACAAAUGCUCAGUCCCUGCUUUGCUGAGCUGACCCGAGUGGAGCGGAGCGAUUUCCCACUGCUCCUCCGCAGAACCCACCCAGUGUGCAUGUUUGUGCACAUUUUGACAGAAAAAGUAUUUCGUUGCAUAUGGAUCAGCAACCCCUUCGCGGUUCUGCUUGUUCCCCUCCCCCUCCUCCCGCUGCUCCAUUCACCUCCAUCUCAGAUCCCCCUCCUCCCCCCAGUCCGGGAUAGGCAAAAGGGAAGAAGAGCGGGCUGUGAUACCCCCUCGACGCCGUCAAACACUGCUCCCCGCGCUCCAGAGCCCGGGGCCCACCCGACGGCAGCGCGCCCCGCCACCGCGCAGCCGCCCCGGUCCCUUCUCCCGCCCGUCUGUAGUAAAACAAUCGCUCUCCCGGCGUCUGCGGCCGCUGCCAGCGGUUCUGACACUGCAGGAAUGCGCGGUCUGGGGAAGGCUCCGCACUCUGGGGAGGGGCACGAGCGGGGUCGGGGAAACUCCAAGAUGAAAGCGUGCAAUAACUACCAAUAUGGAUACCUCGCAGGGCCUGACACUAGUUUCUGGAUAAAAUGCAGGCGAUGGCUGCUGGCGGAUGCCGGCAGACACACUCAAAGACCCUUUUGGACUUUCCGAGUUUCCCAUUCUCCUCUACUGGAGGCUGAGGCGGGCAGGCCCAGCGACGUCUCCCAGCUCCAACUGGGUUCGGACCUCAAGCCAAAAAUGAGGAGGCCGGCAGGAGAGCUUUUCUCGCCCAAAGAUGCUGGGUGGGAGCCGGAUCCAGCUGAAAAAUCUGAGUGAGAAGGUUUCAGGCCCAGGAGGACUUGAGAUAAUACAGGAAAAUUCAAGAGGCUGAAAUGAGAAGGGUCCCUGGAGUCUUGUGAAAAAUUAUUAAUUUAUCUUGUCUACUUGUCUACUAUAGGCCUGUGCUUAUAGAAGUUGUCAAUAAAAAAUCUAAUAAUUCAUGAAUACACACAACUAAGAGCACAAGAACUGUAAUUAUCAAAGGAAGGCACUGGAAAAAGCAUGUCGGCUUGGAGAACCCCAAGUACUUUUGUCUGAUGGCAAAGUACCUCUGGGCUGAACUGAGGACUUCAACUGGAAGGGGCAGGGAGCUUCUCUUUUGCUCGUUUAUGCAUUCAUUCCACAGACAUUUCAACCAUGAGAAGGAUGGAGACAGGAAUAAUGUCCCAGUGAGAUGAGAAGAAGCGUUGGCCUAUUUGCCUUUGUAGGAGCAAUAGACAGAGGAUGUCUUCCUGUAAGAAAUCAUAAGGCCAGGCACAGUGGCUCACACCUAUAAUCCCAACAUGUUGGAAAGCUGAGGCAAGAGGAUCACUUGAGGCCAGGAGUUCAAGACCAGCCUAGGCAACAUAGUGAGACCCCAUCUCUAUAAAAAAAAAAAAAAAUUAGCCAGGCAUGGUGGGCCCAUCCUGGUAGCCCAUCCUGGUAGCCCAUCCUGGUAGCCCCAGCUACACUGGAGGAUGAGGUGGGAGGAUCGCUUGAGCCCAAGAGGUUGAAGCUGCACUCCGGCCUGGGCGACAGCAAGACCUUGUCUCAAAAGUAAAUAAAUAAAUAAAUAAAUCACAAAGAGUAGCUGGUUAAAAGAUCCCUAGAUCUCCUUUUUUGGGAUCAUGCCCAGUUUUGUGACCUUGGGUUAGUUAACUUCCCUGUGGCUCAUUUCCUCAUCUGUAAAAUGACGAAAAUAAUUGUGCCCGCCGGGCGCAGUGGCUCACGCCUGUAAUCCCAGCACUUUGGGAGGCCGAGGCGGGCGGAUCACGAGGUCAGGAGAUCGAGACCAUCCUGGCUAACACGGUGAAACCCCAUCUCCACCAAAAAUACAAAAAAUUAGCUGUGCGUGGUGGCGGGCGCCUGUAGUCCCAAUUACUCGGAGGCUGAGAAUGGCGUGCACCCAGGAGGUGGAGCUUGGAGUGAGCCGAGAUUGCGCCACUGCACUCCAGCCUGGGUGACAAAGCGAGACUCCGUCUCAAAAAAAAAAAAGAAAGAAAAUAAUAGUACCACACUCUAUUGUGGCCUGUUGUGGGAUUAAAGGAGUGAAUAUGAGUAAAGUACUUCCAGGUUUAUUAGAAGGCACUAUAUGUAUGUAUGUGUGUAUAUAUAUACACACACACAUAUAGAUGUCCCAUAUAUACGUCUCAUAGAGAUGUCCCAUAUAUACGUCUCAUAGAGAUGUCCCAUAUAUACGUCUCAUAGAGAUGUCCCAUAUAUACGUCUCAUAGAGAUGUCCCAUAUAUACGUCUCAUAGAGAUGUCCCAUAUAUACGUCUCAUAGAGAUGUCCCAUAUAUAAGUCUCAUAGAGAUGUCCCAUAUAUAAGUCUCAUAGAGAUGUCCCAUAUAUAAGUCUCAUAGAGAUGUCCCAUAUAUAUGUCUCAUAUAGAUGUCCCAUAUAUAUGUCUCAUAUAGAUGUCCCAUAUAUAUGUCUCAUAUAGAUGUCCCAUAUAUAUGUCUCAUAUAUAUGUCCUGUAUGUGUGUGUGUGUAUAUAUAUAUAUGUGUGUGUGUGUGUGUGUGUGUGUAUAUGUGUAUAUAUAUAUGUAUAUAUAUAUGUCUUGGCUAAUUUGAGGCCAUCUUUUGUCUAGAUCUUCAGAGCAUGGGAAAAACAGAUUUGAGAGAAGCUUGUGAAGUACUGAAAGUGAUAAAGAACUUGGUCUUGAGCUGGUGACCUUGUUAGUUAUCCUCUCUGUACCUCAGUUUUCUCAUCUGUAAAAUGGAGAUGCCAAUAUCUGCUGUUGGAUGCCAAUAUCUACUACAAGGUUGUUGUUAUGCAUAUUAAGUAAUAUAAUGCAUGCAAAAUGCUUAGCACAGUGCCUGGCAUAUAAUAAGCAACCAAUUAGUGGAUUCUGUGGUUAUUUUUGUGAGGCUAUGAAGAAACUGAAAGCUGAGGACAAGUAGCCUAGGCUAGGUACCUAGGAUGAGAAAUCCCUGAACAUGAGCCCAGUUAUUCUUCCAGCAAACACUUAUUUUAUUGUAGUAAGAUAUAUAUAACAUAAAAAUUACUAUUUUAACCAUUUUUAAGUGUACAAUUCACUGGUAUUAAACACAUUCACAUUGUUGUGUAACCACCACCACUAUUCAUCUACAGAAAUUUUGUUAUCCAAACAGAAACUCUGUAUCCAUUAAACACUAACUCCCCAGUACUCCCUUCCCCAGCCCCUGGUAACCACUAUUCUAAUUUUGUCUCUAAGAAUUUGACUAUUCUAAGUACCUCAUAUAAGUGUAAUUAUACAAUAUUUGUUUUUUGUAUCUGACUUAUUUCACUUAGCACAAUGUUUUCAAGGUUAAUCUAUGUUGCAACAAUGUCAGAAUUUCUUUUCUUUUUAAGGUAAAUAAUAUUCCAUGGUAUGUAUAUACUACAUUUUGUUUAUCUAUUCAUCUGCCCAUGGACAUUUGGAUUGUUUCCACCUUUUGGCUAUUGUGAAUAAUGCUACUAAUCUGUCAUGGGAUUAGAGUGAGGAAGAAAGAAUAAAAAAAUAAUGCUGCUAUC